GCUUACAAACUAAAAACCGUCUCAUAGUUCAAGAGGCAACAACAAAAUACCACAGUUAAAUAUAGAAGUUUGAGAAUAUUCAAAAAUUGUCAUCUGUUUAGUUUUGUUUUGCCUGCAAAUGUCACUAAGUGCGGGGGAUAUCGACAGCAUCAUUGCGCAGCUGUCCAAUCUGAAGGGCGGCUAUGCCCAGCUGAGCGCGGAGAUGAUCAGCGCAUUGUGCGACCAGGCACGCGUUGAGUUCAGGAAGCGGCCGAUGCUGCUGCAGCUGGAGGCGCCGGUGAACGUGGUCGGGGAUCUGCACGGCCAGUUUGAGGAUCUGUUGCGCAUAUUCGAGGCAUGCGGCUAUCCGCCGAAGAGAAGCUAUCUCUUUCUUGGCGAUUAUGUGGAUCGCGGCAAGCAAUCGCUGGAGACGAUCAGCCUGCUGUUCGCCUACAAGGUGCGCUAUCCGGAGCAGAUGCAUCUGCUGCGCGGCAAUCACGAGUGCGCGAGCAUCAACAAGAUCUAUGGCUUCUAUGAUGAGAUGAAGCGACGUCAUAAUGUCAAGCUCUGGCGCUGCUUUGUGGAUUGCUUCAACAAUAUGCCGGUGGCCGCCGUUGUUGCCGAUCGCAUCUUCUGCUGCCACGGCGGAUUGUCGCCCCAUUUGGACAGUGUGCAGCAGAUAUGCGAUCUGCCGCGACCCACAGAUGUGCCGGACUCGGGCCUGCUCUGCGAUCUGCUCUGGGCCGAUCUCAAUCAUAGCAGCCACGGCUGGGGCACGAAUGAGCGCGGCGUCAGCAUCACCUACUCGGACGAUAUUGUGCGCGAGUUUCUCAAUCGGCACGAUUUCGAUUUGAUUUGUCGCGCCCACGAGGUGGUCGAGGAUGGCUACGAGUUCUUUGGCCAUCGGCGACUGGUCACCAUAUUCUCCGCCCCAAAUUAUUGUGGUCAAAUGAACAAUUCGGGUGCUGUUCUCAAGAUAAGCAAGAAUCUCAAAUGUUCAUUUACCAUCAUCAAGCCCACGGAACUCUUUGAGUAUACCAAGCCGGCGCCCAAGGUGAUCUACACCAACUGCUGAAGCAGCUGUCUUUACGAUUUCCUCUCACCUCGCUUUGUCUAAUUGUGCAACUGUCGCAAGUCAAGUUCUGAAAUCAAUGCAUUUGGAAUCAGUCAACAUGCCAAAAUAUUUGACAUGCAUAUGGGAUGGGGUGGGCUGCGUUCGGCUGUCGUGCAGGUACAGUUCGCAACCUGUGCAGAGGUCAAUAGCUGGGGCCUGUUGAACCCGGCCCUUGCGCCACAUGUCAACGCCAGCUGACGGCCUCUCGAACUUUUGCAGGCAUCUCUUCAUGCUUCGACGUAUUUCAUUUGCAACUUACUUCAUUUCGCUUUUGAUGCUCUUGCCGCAAGGUACGUCGAUUUGGUCGGUCAAUAUGUAGCUGUCUGUUUCUAGGCAAAUGAUUACUCGCUGAAACUUAGCAUAGAUCCAUAUUUUUAUUGCAGCUACCUUCGAUAUGCCUCAUCUCACAUAAAAUAAAUAGGUGUUGGGCAUUUUUUAAGAUUUUUACCAAAUUUA